AUGAUGGGUUCAAGUGAAAAAACUGCUAAAAAAUUGGUAUCAUCAGAAGACACGAAGUGGAUGCGCUCCAAUGGAUUGACAAUUGAAAAUUUUGCAGGAUUACCAAAAAUAAGCAAUUCGAAGCGAACAAACGCUCAUGAAAAUAUGCGAACGAUAUCAACACAUGGAUGGUCAGAGAAUUUUAUUAGUUGUCGAUUGGCAUAG